AUGGCUAAGUCCAGCCUGGGGCAGGAUUCCGACAGCACCGCUGCAGUGGCGGUGCUAAAGCGGGCAGUGGAGCUGGAUGCAGAGUCCCGGUACCAGCAGGCUCUGGUGUGUUACCAGGAGGGGAUUGACAUGCUCCUUCAGGUUCUGAAAGGCACCAGAGACUCCAGUAAGAGAUGUGUUCUCAGAACGAAAAUCUCUGACUACAUGGAUAGAGCAGAAAACAUAAAGAAAUACUUAGACCAAGAAAAAGAAGAUGGAAAAUAUCACAAGCAAAUUAAAAUAGAAGAGAAUGCAACUGGGUUCAGUUACGAGUCACUUUUUAAAGAAUACCUUCAUGAGACAGUUACGGAAGUUUGGAUAGAAGACCCUUAUAUUAGACAAACUCAUCAGCUGUAUAACUUCCUUCGGUUUUGUGAGAUGCUGAUUAAGAAGCCAUGUAAAAUAAGAACUAUUCACCUUCUCACCUCUGUGGAUGAAGGGUUUGGGAAUACGCAGCAAAGUAGUGGCCUGCAAGAAAUAAAACAAUCCCUCAGGAGUCACGGAGUGCUGUUGGAAAUAAACUAUUCUUCAUCUAUACAUGACCGAGAAAUUAGCCCCUCCUCCCACGUCCCCUCUGCCCCAGAGCCACUCUUCCUCCUUUCCCUUCAAGGAUGUGAUUUUAUGAUUAACUGUGAGCACUGUUUUCUUGUUUGUUUUGAUGAACUCCUGGGCUCUUAGCCUUCAGAGUGGCUUGGCUUUUCAUGUGUGUCAUUUUUAACAGUACUCUCUUUUCUUCAUAGGGUCGUUUUUCCCUUGGAUAUUGUGAUUUAGAUCUGAGACCAUGCCAUGAAACAACAGUGGACAUUUUCCAUAACAAGCACACGAAAAAAAUGUGAUGUGUGAUGACCUAGCUAUACAUUUCUGCUUUAGAUGGUUUCAGCCCAUUUUCUGUUACUAAAACUGAAUACCAUACACUGGAUGAUAUGUAAAGAAUAGAGGUUUAGGCUUUGGCAUCUGGGGAGGAUCUUUUUUCUGCAUCCCACGUGGUGUAACGAUGCAAGAUGGAUCAGGCUUUGCAACAAAGCUUGUGAGGCAGAGCCAGCCACCUCAGAGGUCUCGCUUCGCAACACUGCUGUACUAGGGUCCAAGAUUCAACUCAUAAACCUUUGGGAACAUAUUCACACCAUAGCAAGCAAAUACUGAGCUUGUUUCUUUUUCCCUUUUUUUUUAAACUUUGAAUAUAUUUUUAUAAUGUAUGAAUUUAACAAUAAAUGUUUACAUUUCUACAGA